UCUGUCUAUCAAUCUAUCGUUCUAUCUUUCUGUAGCUCUGUCUGUUGUUUGUCUUCUCUUUUUAUUCUGCUGUCAAGAGAGAGUGAAUGGACAGGAAGGAGGAGAAAGAAAAGGAUGAGAGAGUGUAGAAAUGAGAGGAAAGGAGGGGGUGAGAAUUCCACUUAGUGUCCAUCUAAUGCACUUUACCCCACACACACACACUCACUCUCUCACAUGCCUCUGAGGUCUUGGAUCAUCUCACAACAGAGGAGUUGACAGGACUGAUGCUCAUCUGACAGAUCAGACAGAUAUCAGACUCAAGAGGAUCCUCACGAUCACACACACACAUCUGACAGAAUCGGCUGAUCAGGCAUCACACUGCUCUUCAGCAGAGGCUGUGUGAGGCACAGGGGUGCGGGACGUCCGAAGACAUGCCUUCUGUCCCAGACCACCUGCCUCCCAGGGACAGUCCACGCUCAAUUUCCCGUGAGCAGCUCACGCCUCGCUCCGAGAACACAGUCUUCAGCCUGUCCCACAAUGACACCUUCUGGACCCUGCAGCCCGCUUCGGGAAAAUGCGAGUACUACUGGCAGGCCAUCCUCCUUAUGACCUCCGGGGGCAGCGUGCUGAUCUGCGGGAUGGUGCUGAGUGGACUUUACUUUGCUGGCUUCUCCAUAAUGGCCACCAAUAUUCUAGGUCCCGCACUGCUGUCUGUGGGGCUUAUGGUGCUGGUGGUAGGUGUCGUUUUGAUGCCUAUAACAAGACAAAUGAGGCAUCAGAAUGCCACCAAACGCCUCUGCAGUUACUACAAGCCUCACAUAAACCUAUAAGGAGAACUUAAAGGGAUAGUUCUACCAAAAAUAAAACUUCUGUCAUCAUUUACUUACUCUCCACUCUGUUCCUAACCACAUUCAUACAGGAGGGUGAGUAAAUUAUCACAGAAGUUUAAUUUCUUGGAUGAACUAUUUCUUUAUUUCAAGACACUACAAGCACUUGUUUGUUGUUGUUUUUUCAUGCACAGAAAUCUCAUAGACUCCAUGUCUGCAGUAGGAAACAGAGACUUGGAUGGAAUCUUUUCCCUUGGGUCUAAAACCAUGCAUUCUUCAGAAGUGUAAGAAUGUAGUUUACAAAGUUUUUCUGCUCUCCUUCAUGAGACUGUUUAACCAGCAUAGCGACUAACCUGCCUGUUCUGUGUGUAGCUUCAAUGCAGAUUUAU